AUGAAGUGCGCACAGCUGACUGUUGGUGCUCUGAGUAAUCAGGAUGCCGGGAGAGUUGGACUGCAACCACUGGAGCUCUGGAAGGCCUAUCACCUGGAGGGGUACCCAGGCUUCCUCUUCAUUACUAACCCGUUCCUACCUGGUUGGCAGCAUCGUUGGGUGCGCCAGUGUCUGAAGUUGUAUCCCCGAAAACCCAAUGUAUGUAACCUGGACCUGCACGUGUCGCCGGAGCAGACAGCCGACCUAUGGAGCGUCAGUGAGAAGCAGCUCAGGAAAAAAAUGACGCAGAAACGCCAGGCGAAAACGCUGCUGGAAAAGCUGCGCUGGGUGACACUCGGCUUCCAUUACAACUGGGAAACCAAGAAAUACUACAAGGAAAGGUUCACCCCGUUCCCGGCAGACCUGGCGGAGCUUUCUCGCUGUGUAGCUUUUGCUUGCGGUUUCUCCAACUUCAGAGCCGAAGCCGGAAUCCUCAACUACUACCACAUGGACUCGUCCCUGGGGAUCCACGUAGAUGAGGCGGAGCUGGACCACCAGAGCCCCUUACUGUCCUUCAGCUUUGGCCAAUCCAGUAUAUUCUUGUUAGGUGGGCAGAGCCGGGAAGUGGCUCCUACAGCGAUGAUGAUGAACAGUGGUGACAUUAUGGUCAUGUCUGGUGCCAGCCGCUUGUUGUAUCACGCCGUGCCCCGGAUUCUGCGCCACCCUGGAGGCGGACUCCUCCCCCCCGAACUGUCUGAUCCUCCAUGUGCAGAUAAACCUGACAUGAAUCCCCUGACGGAGCCGUGUUCCCCCCAGGACUGGCAGGUGUGUGCAGCCUACCUCAACGACUCCCGAAUCAAUAUGACUGUGCGCCAAGUUCUGGAGGAAGGGGGAUCAUUUCCAAAGGACAUGGGCACUACAACCGAUCACAUGACCACUGGAGGGUCCUAUCACAGCGAAGAGAUAUCAGAGGCAGAACUGCAGAUAAAACAGGCCAAGACGACAUCAAAGACACCUCAGGAUGAGGAUGACUGA